AUGUAUAGAGUUUCUAAUUUCAUCCAUAAUCCUGCAGCGGUCAGUUCAUUGACUACUUCACGUAGAACCUCUUUGGACAAGCAAAGUUGGAUUGAGAAAGCGCCUUUUCAUCCAACUCGUCCCACUGCUGGUUCAAGCAUCCUCAAUAUGAUGAAUAUCACACUUAUCCCUAAAGGAGGUGAGGGUGUUGGAGGUGUUGUUCUCAACCACGAUGGAGAUUGGAUAACUGGUUUUUCGCACUAUGAAGUUGAAGGUGAUGCGUUAUUAGCCGAGUUACGUGCUAUCUUGAUAUGUCUUAAUUUUUGUAGUAGAAAAGGUUAUGUCAACAUUAUUUGUAAGAGUGAUUGUUUUGAAGUAGUUGACCUGAUUAUUGAUGGUCAUGAUCAUACCUUGCACACUUAUGCUACUCACAUCCUUCAUAUUAGAGAUGUUUUACAUGAAAAUGAAAAAACAACAUUGGUGCAUGUUCUUAGGGAACAAUACAUGUGUGCAUAUUUUAUGGCUAAGGAAGGAUCACAUGCAAGGUGCUCUGCUCACUGGAACUGCCCUCCGCUUGGCAUGGAAUCUCUCAUCCUAAGAGAUAUGCUUGGAACUUAA